CGCUGGGUUCAGUUGGACAGCCGUUGGAGCACAUCAUACAUCAAGCAUUUACAGAAUGGGCGCGCCUGCCAACUCUGUUUGGCUGCCGCUGCUGCUAAUGGCCAUAAUGUUAUUGGCAUUGGCACCGCUGGCAAUAGCGCAGAACCAGAACGACACCACGAGCAUCAGUCCCAGCAGUUCCAGCAGUCCCAGCAGUAGCAGUCCAAGCAGCAGCACCACAAUCCGCCCCAGCACCGUUGCUGAUGUGGUUGUUGGUGGUGAUCUGAAGAAGGCGGCUCGCGUUGAGGAGUUGAAUAAAGACUUGGAGGAUAAUGCGGUCACGCCGAAACCGGGCACAGACGGCGGCUUCUAUGACGUUGUCGAUGUGCUGGCCGCCACCAGCGCCGGUGUUGGCAGACCCAAGAGCGGCCAGACGACACGUAUCUAUACCACCGGCGAUGUGAACGAUGCUUUCUGGCUGAAGCAUUUGGGCGAUGACUUCAAGCAUGCCAUUCACCUACAGGUGGGCGGCACCAACGAUGAUUACAAUCGCAUCAUCAAUCAGACCACCAACGGUGUGCACGAGGAAGUGCAUCAUGAGUAUCUGCCCGGCGCGGAGCGGCCAGGUGGAAUGCAACAACAACUCCAACACCAACACCAACAGCUACAGCAUCAGCAUCAAGAACAGCAGCAAGAGCAGGAACAGGAGCAGCAGCAUCAGUUGGCCAGAGCUGCUGGUUAUGGUCAGCCCAAUUUGGUCACCCAGUUAAGUCUCGAUGGCGAGUCCAUGGCCCUAAAAGACAACUAUCUGAGGCAGCAGGCACACCAGCAACAGCAGGAGCAGCAGCAAGAGCAGCAGCAUCAGCAUCAGCGCUAUGCACAUGGCUAUCCACGGCCAAACACACGCUACAACCCACACACUGUUUACAGACACACUUAUCCACGCAUGCAAACACAGCAUAACACACAGCACACACACACACAUACACACACACACACCCAGCACACACACCCCCAGCACACACACGCUGACGAGCCGCGUAGUCCACAGCGUCAACGCUACAGGCCAAAUCCAGCGCAAGCUCAGUCGGCGCCAUCUGGUCCAAGCUUUAUUAGCUCCAGCGAGGACACGUUGCAUACGUCGCAAUCUCAGACAGCGCCCACAUCAGCCAUGUCGCCCAGCUCGAGUGGGUCGCGGCGUGAUGAUCUGGACAGGCAGCUGCCGUUUAAGUCAGCCUUCAAUGACUACGGCAGUCGACCCACGCGCGAUCUGACCUAUUUGCUUUAUAAGCGCGGACUCUGAAUUUACUUAAUACACAGGGUCUAACUAAAUUAAUUUAGCUACUAACUUAAUAAUAAUUUGCAUUUAAUAAACGCCAAAACAAAUACAAAUUAA